GGAGAAGUGGAGAACUAUUUCCUAAGGUAUACAAGUCUUCAAAAUUUUGCAUCUCCAUUCUACUAAAGAAAAAUCUGAUUUUCCUUUAAAAUCUAUUAAAGGAUUAUACGUAUAUCUGAAAUAUAAAGUCUCUCUCUUCUUUCUCCUUUUCUCUUACACUAAAAAUUUUGUCUACUUCAAGCAUCUUCAGCAUCCUUUCUCUGAUGAACAUGAAAGAAGUCCACCACAACACCUUUCGAUAUUGGUGGCAUAAGUAAGGCUGCAGCAGCUUGGUCAUGACUUGCAAUUGGAUGGCUUUCUUCCCCACAAAUUACAUGCUUCAAACCGCUCGAGAUGAUGACAAUCAACCUCCCUCCUCUCUCAAUCCAAUGCUUCCUUCAUGCACCACCCAAGACUUUAAUGGGAUGGCAUCAUUUCUAGGGAAGAGAUCUUCAAUGUCAUUUCCAGGGAUUGAUGUCUGUGAAGAGGCAAAUGGGGAGGGUGAUUUAUCAGAUGAUGGCUCACAGGCCGGAGAGAAGAAGAAGAGGCUUAGCACAGAACAAGUUAAGACUCUAGAGAAGAACUUUGAGUUAGGAAACAAGCUUGAGCCAGAGAGAAAAAUGCAACUAGCUAGGGCUCUUGGGUUGCAGCCAAGGCAGAUUGCUAUCUGGUUCCAAAACCGAAGGGCACGGUGGAAAACCAAACAACUUGAAAAGGACUAUGAUCUCCUUAAGAGAGAGUGCGAAGCCUUAAAAGCAGACAAUGAUGCACUUCAAGCUCAAAACCAAAAGCUCCAUGCAGAGAUAUUGGCACUAAAAAGCAGAGAACCAACAGAAUCCAUCAACCUCAACAAAGAAACUGAGGGUUCUUGCAGCAACAAAAGUGAAAACAGCUCAGAAGUGAAGCUGGACAUCUCAAGGACUCCAGCCAUUGACAGCCCUCAUCCCACUAGCAGACCCCUCUUCCCUUCCUCCAUAAGGCCAACAUCCCUCACACAACUCUUCCAGAACACAUCAUCAAGACCAGAUCACCUCCAAUGCCAGAAAAUGGAUCAGAUGGUAAAAGAAGAAAACAGCCUCACCAACAUGUUCUGCAGUAUUGAUGAUCAAUCCGGGUUUUGGCCAUGGCUGGUGGAGCAGCAACAUUUCAAUUAAGAUAGAUCAUUCAUCACCAUAUUAUAAUUUGUGAGUUCAAUUAAUAUCCGUGUUUUAUAGCUACAUAUGAGUGGUGUAUAAAGCAGAAUGUCAUAUAUAAUCAAGUUUAAGUUUCAAGAGGGAUGAGAUGUCUAUGGAGGAAUAAGGUUUAACUAUGUGUUUCCUAGGCUUUGGAAGAUGUUUUUCCUAGGUUGGAUCAUGCCAGAUACAAUCCCAAGUUAAAUAAUAUUUAAUGCAUAUGAUUUGCUGGCCACUAGUUGUUAGCAUAGGCUAUGAAAUAAAAAGGAGAAUUCUCU